CCACUCAGUACCCAAUUAAUUAAGCAUAAUUGAUUGCAAGGUUCUGGUCACAGAUGUCCAUUCAAAUCCUUCAGGGCAUGCGGCCCACGCCCCUCCCCCCUGAACACGUUUGCCGAAAUUAGCAUAUCAAAGUCUCCAUGCAAUUUGUCAUGUCGUAACCAACUUCAAACAACUGAGAAACGCCAGACUUCGGAGCCGGAGCCUUAUUAUUGUCUAUGAUCUAAAUCAAUCCGCAUCCAAGUGAAAACAACCCACAUUGUAAUAGCCGAUUUACUCAACUGUAUUGCUUAUUCAAUACACCAUUUUUGAACAUAAUCGUCCAAUCGAGGUCACUCGAAAGCGUUGGCCACAGCUCUUGUACUAAAAGGGAAUUUUACAGAAAAUGUGCUCGAUUUCUUUUGAUCGAUUUUUCAUUACCCACGCAAGCGCGGAGGGCAACUUGACAUUUGCGCACUUUAAGAAACUGCAGCAAUAAUGACUUGUUAAUGGGAGCGUUGAUUCGGCACAUCGGUACGUUUACUCGUAAUAUGAAUAUGAUUUGUCGGACCUACUUUGGUUAUUAGUAAAUGUUAAUGACGAACUUUGGGCAUGGUUGAGUCUUAGGUACAUUUUGCCGACGACUGCCAGCAUAGCUGCCUGCCACUGUAUCUUAAAUACUGCUAACGUGCAUCGGACAAAUUUGCCGGUGUGAACGAUCCUCAAAGUCAAAGUGCAAAAUCACUGUAUUUGUAAUUUGAGAAUCAACUCGUGGUCGAGAGGCAAUAAAUUGACGCACUUCGCUCUCGAUUGUGCCUUUUUGCAAGCGAUUCGCCCUGUUCUGCUCGCUGUCCGUCAUACGUCGAACAGCAGACCGUUCACAACGUGCGCGAGUUUUUCCUUGCGAGCGCGGAAUGCUUUACUUGACGCAAACCCUGAUCAUCUUCGCGCGUUAUCAACACGUCCAAAUGUUGUACGCUGCGAUGACAUUCUAUGUACAUUUUAACAUGCAAUACGCAGCAAUUAAGAACGCAAGCUGCUCUCCGGGAUAUCGAUAUGCUUCCAGAGAUAAAUAAUAGGGCGUUUAUCGCCUGCUGUGGUUGGCAUUUCCUUUCAAACGCGCGCGCUCAUUGGCCGAGAGGUCGAGCCAAGUGAUUAAGCUGUAAAAGCUCCUACGAAAGAAUGCGAGGUCUGGUUUAUGUCACACGCGGUACUCACGGCCUCCCUCUCAUGUCUUGUUAAAAAAUAGACACCAAUGUGUUCGUAUCGAGGCUCAUUUAAAGUGGCCCUCCGGAAGGAUGACUUCAUUGCAGCUACUCUACUCGAAGCGAGAACAUUGAAUUCUAAAUCUCUUGAAUAUGCAGCCGUGCGAGUGGAGAAGCGAAACGACCGCGUUUAAUUCUAGCAGUUACGGGCAACAGCACCCGUCCACAUCGUUCUGUAUCGAUAACAUUCUGGGAAAACCGACCGUAACUUCGACACAGCACAGUCCCGUCGCGCCAAUGCAAUGCAACAUGGAACAAGCCAGAUACCACGAUAGCUUCAGGACACCUGCUUAUCCAAUGAUCUUCCCACCAAGAGCAUAUAGCAAUCCCUUCAUGGCCUACCAGCGUCACCAUCCUUACGCCAUGCCAAUGGGAUACAACAUGAACAUUCAAGCUCCCGUUAUCCCGAGCAUUUACGAUGCGUUUCAGGAUCCAAUGGGUCUGUGGAACACGUUUCUGGACAAGCAUCAACGCAAAAAAGGCGGUCAAGUGCGCUUCUCCAACGAACAAACGGUCGAGCUGGAGAAAACCUUCGAGAAACAGAAAUACUUAUCGCCACCGGAACGAAAAUCGCUCGCAAAGAUGCUACAGCUUUCGGAACGGCAAAUCAAAACGUGGUUCCAGAACAGACGUGCGAAAUGGCGACGUUUGAAGCAAGAGGGGAAGACGACGGAGGACGACGAUAUGGCAGAAAAGAAACGAGAUAUUCAAGAAGAUAAAGAAGAAGAGAAACGCAUAAAUUGAAGUAGAUUUACUGGUUUUACGACACGUAAAUAUCGACAAGAAAUGUCUUUAGAGGCAGAAAAUAACCUGGCAAAGAUAACGACCAGCAAAAAGCCGCUAACUGAUUCGCAGCUAUCGUUUGGGUCUUGUGUUUGUACAUAGUUUAUGUAAGACGGUAUUCCGUGCACUGCCCAAAACUCAACUACACGUGUUUACAAAAGAUGACUGAAGCCACUUCAUAGACGAAUUUAUUCCUGAAAACCACAGUACUAAAAUGAAGCACGCUUUCAAUGCAGUGCAAUUCUCAUAGCCGAAAUUUAUAUGCCGUAAUAAUAAUUGGCUGUUAUGAGAACAACAUUAAUUUGAUAUAUUUUGUGACACAUUAUAUAAAAUCAACCUUAAUUUUUGAUAUGGGGAUAAUUCGUCUUCUAAUGGCUCUAUAAUGAUUCUAAUUUCCAGUUAAGAUAAUCGCAACAUCUUUGACCAUUGUCGUUGUCGGAAGAGUUCAAACAUUGUUUAAUAUACCUCGUUGUUUAGAAGACAAUGGCAAUUAGAUAUAUAGUUUAUAAAACGCAUUCAGUCAAGUGUAACCUGCUUAAAAUCGGAAUAUGAUUGUUCACAAACUCUCAUUAUGUUAUGAUUUGAAUGGUUUCACAAUUAGAUUAUAUACUCGUACGUGUAGAAUGAAUAGUAAGUCAGAACGCCGAGCUGGUCUUGGUGUCAACGCGUGAACAUGCACUUCGAUUUGAAGACUAUAUGUAAAUAUGACUGUAAACGCGAAAUAUGACGUACUGUAAAGAACACAGUUGACUACCACAAACCCUAAUUUAUACUUUUAUGCAUUUAUACAUUUGUUGUUUUUUUGUUAA